AUGGACUGUUCCAAGCGUCUGAACAUGGCCAGGAGGGACGUACCGUUAUCUUGGCUGGGUGUCGAGGUGACAAGUAGUCAACAGCAGCUUCUAAGCCCAACGCUUUCUGACAGAGGAAGCUAUAGACAAGAUUCUAUUGAAGCUGGUAAACGUCUGAGAAGAUUUGGCCAGUGGCACCUACCGGCAGCACCAAAGCCUAUAAGUCAUUCUGUAUCCUCUGUCAAUUUACGCUUUGGUGGUCGCUCCACUAUGAAGUCUGUAGUGUGCAAGAUGAAUGCCAUGUCGGAUGCUGCUUCUUGUGGUUCAGAAGUCAAGAAAUGGUGGACAAGGCAACUUACCGUAGAGAGUGAUGAAAGUGGAGAUGAUCUACUUGACAUGUUGUCGGUCUAAAGGAUGCUUCAUGUCAAGUGAGGAGAGACAAAUUCUGUUAUUCAGUAUUAUUGAGCUCACAGUGAAAUGCGGAAUAUAAAUGUGACAAAAAAUUAUAAAGCUGUCCAUAGAUAUGAGAUGGCAACAUUCGUUCCUUAGAACAAUCAGUAAAUAAACAUGCAGAGUUCUAUCUGCUGAAUGUGCAUGUUUAUGCACCGAGUAGACCUUAUUUCACAGGAGUAAUAACAGUCAGCUGGUAAAAUCCAUUCUAGGUGAACAAUUCUUCCCUUAAAAUCAAGUGCCUCUAGAGCAGGGGUUUCAAACUCAAUUUCAUCAUGGGCCACAUCAGCAUUAUGAUUGCCCUCAAAAGGG